CGCCGGGUAAUUUGCGUUGUACACAGUGGUGGCGAACUGGCGAUGACUGCACUUCAUUGAUAAGUAAUCACAUGAUUAAAUAAUGAAAAAUCAUUAGAUUGAGGAAGAAUUCACAAUAAAUACAGUCCUCCAAGUGAUUUUUGUUCAGUAUCGAUUUAGAUUUCGUGAAACAAGUAACGCAGUGAAGUAUAAGUUCUUAGCGUGUGAGUGUGUGUGUGUCUGGUGCGACUAAACAAUAUUGCAGUUUCAUCAAACAUGGGUAACAAUCAGUCCGAAAAUAAUAGACCGACACAGCCACAUAUGAAUUUGUCUGACGUGGAGCACAUCCUCAACACUCAGCGACAGAGGUACGAGCAAAAACUCCAGGAUGAGCUGGCGAAGCAGAGAGCUCAACAACUUAGAGAGCAAGAGGCUAAGGAGAGACGGGCUAAAGAACAAGAGGCCAGGGAAAAACUUGCUAAAGAACAGGCCAAACAACGAGCCGAACAGAGCUCCAACUCCUCGAAUACAGUCCCAAGCAACUCCGUAGGUGGCCCUCAGCAGCAAGCCGCAGUGAUUGUACCACCGCAGCAGUUAUACCCUACCCUGACCCAAACGCCGAACUACCCUGUUCAUGUCAACCAGCCCCAUCCGUUAAUUCCCCAACCCAACCCUAUGUUCCAACAUUACCCGCAAUUCAAUCCACCCCAACCUUGGAACCCUCCCCAGCACGUAAACCAUCCCAGGAACCAACCUAAUUCAUAUCAAAACCGAACGACGCCGACGCCACCGCCGCAAGAUUUCGUCUUUGUGAACGCGCCUGGACAAAGAUACAAGCCGGUCCCGUCAGCCCCGGUGGAACCUUCAGGCCCUAGUACUCGGCCUCGAACUCCUGAUGUAGUUCCAUCCCAUGGCCCCAGGAACCGCUCACGCUCAACUAGCAGGGUUCGUCCUGUCAAUAAGAACCGAGGAAUCUAUGAUUGUCCCACAUGUAACCAAAGAUAUGGGUUGAAAAUAUUCCAAUGCCCGAACGGACACAGCGCCUGCAAUGACUGCAAGAUCAGAGGACGAGCCUGCGCCAUCUGCGGACUGUCCCUUACUGGAGUCAGGAACUUUGAGGUUGAGAAUCAUGUAGCUCAGUCACCAACAACCUGCCCAAACAAAAAUGAAGGAUGUAAUUCGAUGAUCAAGCAGAUUAACAUGGACAAACAUUUGGAAAGUUGUCCUUAUAAAGAACAGCAGUGCCCUCUCGCCGCCAUCUUCGGAACAUGCCGCUGGAAGGGUAAACUGAGCCAGCUGUCGACUCACUUUGACGAGAUGCACUCAUCGAACCGCGGAGUAGACGUCGACAAGGAAAUUUACUUAAGAGACAUUCAUAAUUCGAGCCGUCAGGUUCAUCUCGUCGUUAUUGGCGGAUAUAAUUUCCUAUGUCACCUUCAAGUUUCUGAGUCGGACGGCAAAAUCUUCAUGGCUGUCCAACUCUUGGGCAAUACUGCUGCAAAGAAAUGGUCUUAUGAAAUCCACGUUUACAAAAAGUCUGAACCGCGUAGGAAAUAUAUAUACUCGGAUACUUGUGUCUCUUCAAAGUAAGAAGUGUUUAAAUCCGGGAACUGCGCAGUGCUGCCGAUAUUUUAUGCUGCAACCUUCGUCGACAGAGAGGGCAUGGCAUUCAAAUUCUUCAUCCAAAAAAUGAUGAAUAAAAACAACGAAGAUGAUAAUCAGGAUGAUCAGCCUGAAGAAAAUCCAAGUUCGCACAAUGACAACAACAUUAACGAACUACGAGAAAACAUGAAUGUAAAUGAUACUGACGAGUCCCAGAGGCCACAUGUUGAAAAUUGGCGGGAAUCGUGUACCGCAACGGAGAGUCGUGUAAAUGAUAACCAACACUACCAACGACCUCGAUCGUGGGUUAAUCAGAGACGUGCACUUAGCAACACAAGGAACUCUGUAGAGGUCGAAAAUUGGCGGGCAUCUUCUGAUUCGAGAGCAGAAAGUGCGAGAAACACAACUCAAAGGCCAAAUAAACAUAACUAAAUACUUGUUUCACUGACAAGUUCUUAGGCAUAAUGAGUAUAAUGACCAAAUGUAUGUACCUGUACCUAUAUACGAGUAAACAAAAUAAUAUAAGUCUUGCGAUAUACACAUACAAAGGACUAACCAAGGUCUUACUAGGACCACCUAGAUUCAGAUUCUCUUUGAUGUUCUUGUGUUAAGUUAGCGCAAAUAAUACUUAGAUUUAUAAUCAUAUUGUAAUUUAAGGGCUGUAGUUUA